AUGCGCUCCGUCAUAGCUCUCGCGGCUCUGGCCCUUAGCGGCACCCUUGAUCUAGCUGCUGCAAGUAACUGCAAGCCUCGACCUUCUCACAGCUCCGCUACAACAAACCUCUCUCCCUCCGACACCGCGACUUCAGCAGCUACUUCCGAGACCGCCGGAUCAAUCAUCAUCAAGAGCAUCAUCGACGGCGGCGCUUUCUCCAUCGCUCCCCCCGAAGGCGGUGUCCCAGGUUUCACUGUCGACGGCGACGCGACCAUCGUAAUUGGACCGGGCUACAAGGUUGAUGGCAGCAAAGACUCGGGCUGUCUGUCCCUGCAGGCUAGUGGCGAUAAGAAGCGAGAUCUUGGAAGCUUUGCUGGCGUUGCGCAGUCGCUUGAUCAGCUGAGCUUGACUAGACCUUAUACUGUUCGCUUCUUUUACUUGGUCGUCACCGCCCCGUCGCUGAACUUUUGCCAAUUGACUGCUUCGCUUGGUAGCCAGACGUUCUUCCAGACUUGGAUCAUCAGCUUUGGAACGAGCGUGCAGUGGGGUGUGGCUCUGGAGCAGGUCACUGCUGCUCAGCGCUCUGCACCUCUGUCCAUCUCUAUGAACUGCUUGGUUGGAGGGUCUGCUCAGGUUUAUGUUGACUCUCUUUUCAUGUCUAACCAGGUUACGCCUGCGACUAUUGAUGACCAUCCUCUUGAUCUUGGUGAUGGGGAUGUCUCUGGCUUCACUACUACUUCCUCUUCUGCUAUUCAAACGACUACCUCGAGCAAGGUCGGAACUACCUCUGUUCCUCCCAUCAUUCCAACCCAUUCUGCGAGCUCUGAUACGGCCUCGAACUCUGCUACACCUGGUACUGGGAGCCCCAAUACCCAAUCCACUGGCAAUCAUACGCCAGUCACUGGCAGCCCUCAAACUGUUCCUACUGGACACAAUACGCCCGGUCCGGUUGACAGUCAGACCUCUGCUGCAGGCAACACCCAAGCUACUUCCCAGCCUGGUCCUCAAACUCCCGGCACUCAAACUCCAGGAGCUCAGACUACUACAUCAAGCAUCGAGAAGCAGACCAGCACUGAGUCAGCUGCCACAAGCGCCACUACAUCAAGCGGCAGCUCUUCUCCUCGCCAAUCCUCGACUAUCAAGCCCGAUGGUCCCGUCAGCCGCGUCUGCGCCAACGUCGGUACAUCCUCCAUCGCCGGUCGCGGAUGCGGCAUGCAGCCUUACAACAGCGCCGGAGCAUACAGCCGCUUCACAAGCAGCAACUACCAGAAGGAAGACUGUGCUGCCCUAUGUCUCGCUGAUGAGAACUGCAAGUCCUUUGAGUGGAGCUACGGCAACAACUGCGCUAAUGAGUGCCGUCUCAUUGCCUCUGUCUUGAGUGACGUCCCUGUUGGCAACACUGGUACCCAGUUCACCUCUUAUGAUCGCAGCUGUAUCAUCCCCAAGCCCUGCCCUAGCUUUCCCGAGGAUAGUAUCUGUAUCAACAAGAUGGGUGACACUCCCAACAAGGGCUGUGUCCGUCGCAAGGGAACGCUCAAGUCUUGCGCUCAGGAAUUCGCGACUCUUACUGUCCAGCCUUGCGGUGGCGGUGAUCAGUGCAGAGACAUGUGUGCCAUGUAUGCUGAUUGUCAGUCCUAUUUUUACAACUAUCUCCUGUCUCAAGGAAACUGCAAGCUGUAUGCUGGUACUGUCGAUGAGAUCACAGAAGAGGGCGGUAGAGACUACUUCUCAGAUAUCGGCUGCUGGGCUUGUGGACAGAACAUGGGUUUCGCCACUUACGGUCUUCUCACCAAUGACAAUGUUGUGGUCCCAGAGAUGACGUGCCGGGCUCCUACCAAAGCUGUCACUGAUACACCUACAACCUUCAACACGAGGACCACUCAGGCCGCCGAGUCUACUUCCUCUUCAGCCCCCGUUAUACAGCCUCCCACCACCACCACCACCACAGAGUCUGCCAGCUCUACAGCUACCGUCAUGACAUGCCCCAGCGGCAUUGCAGCCCCCGGCUUCUGCCAACCGCUCGACAGCCUCCCUACGCAAUCCGUCUCCCUCCCCGGUAUUCUUGACCACUGGCCCCAGAGCGACAAUGAUGUCGAACCUCCCGUGGAGCGAACUUGCAACGCCUUCGGUGUCAAGAAGGGCAGCUGGUGGGGACGUGGUGUCCAAGAGAACGGACGUCAGCACACCAUGGAGGACUGUGCUCUUUUGUGUCGUGAGCAGGGUUACUGUGAGGCCUUUGGUCUUGAUAAUUCCAACCCACUUAACGUCAAUUGUGCUUUGUCGACUUAUAAGCUUGGUACUGAGGGUAUUGACCUUGACGUUCCUUAUUCUUUCUGGUGGAGUGACUUGGAUUGUUAUGAGUGCCAUGACUGUCAGACUGCUUGA